GGAAACGCGGGGAUCGGUGCUGCCGGACGUUCUUUGCAAUUGAUUGACAGGUGGGAAUCUAGAUAUGCUCGUUGCCGACGGUCAUGGAACUUGAACCAGUUCGCAGCGUGCCCCGAGACGCGGGGUCCAUUGACAUGGAGGACAUCUGCCAAAAUACACAGUUACUGCCCGAGGACACCCUCCAAAAAAUUGCCAAGGGUCCGUUGGUGAAAUUCACUAUUGCCUGCGAUGAUAUCCAGAAAGUCACGAGGCUGUUUGAGAGCCUGAGAUUGGCAUUUGCAUCAACGGCGGUCACUCAUUCUCACACUACUGCUGCAUGCAAUGCGUUGAGCGCCUUUCUGGAUGCGGCAUUUGUGUCGAAGCGGGAAGAAACCAGGCGACUAGCUCGAUCCCAGGAAGUAUGGGUUUCUGUCUUCGUGACCUUCUUAAACCGAUAUAAGGAUGUAAAGCCUCGUCCGAUGAAGCAAGUCCUCGAGUCGCUGGUAGUCAUCCUGGCAAAAACUCGGGACGAGCCUCAAAGGGACUCUAUCCAAGAGAGGAUUGUGGACGAGGUCCUCCCCAGUGUUAUACUUGGCGAGGCCCGUUCUCGAUUGAAGGCCUCGAUUCUUGCCAUGGAGAUGUUGGUGCGCAAGAACGCGAUCCUGCCUAUCGAGCUAAUCUCAGCGGUUGACGCCUGGCUUUUGAAGAACCCAAAACAAUGGCCCUCGGUCCUGCAAGAGGAAUGCCAGGUUUCAGGGAUAGACCCCUCGCUUUUCUUGCGGAGAUCUUCUGAAGAUACAGCUUCACGUGUGAGCUUCCAAAAGACGGCAACUGAGAUUCUGGUUUUUGGCGUUCUGAAUCGAGCAAAGGCUGUCGAGCUGGCGCCAUCUGUUGGAGAGGUUCUGGCAUAUUUCUUCCAGAAACUGCAGCUUUCAGUCGACUCCUGUAUCCUGUCCCGUGAGGAUGGAGAGAGUUUGGCCUCGGUCUGGGUGAAACCGGUGAAAUACUUUCUAUUGAAGAAUCUGGAUAUCUUGGAAAAACUGUCCAACCAUAUCCUUCACAGCUUGUUUAGUGUGAGCACGGGUGGUUUCCUCCGUUUCAUAGAAACCUUGCCUUUAAAAAGCCUCCUCGAUGGUGAUAUGAGCAGUUCCUCUUCGGCAGAACUCACGGUUCUCUUUGCAUCAUUGCAAAUAGCAAAGAAGACCGGCUUGGUCCAUGAAGAUCUUUACUUUUCCAGGGCAAGCACCGCAAGCAAACAGGCGGAGAGCGCGAUUGUUCUGAAGAGCGAGCUCAUCGGUCAAUUCCUCUUCCACCAUGAUUUUAACAUUAGAAUGGCCGCGCUGUCUCUCCUAGUCACAGCGCCAUCCACAACAAAGCCAGUUUCUGCGGCUGCUAUUAGGGUUGUGCUUAAGAGUUUGCCGUCUCUUCAUGCCGAAUCUGAUCCCUGCUCUCGAGGAGAAAUCUUGACCCUCAUCCGUGGAUUAAUCGUGCGUGUGAAAGGCGGAAUUCUAGCAGAUAAAGAGAAUCCCGUUGAAGAGAAGAUCACUGUAAACAAAAAGAAGCAGCUCGUAUUUGCCCGGGACGAUGCCGAAACUGAAGCAUGUAUGAAGAACUAUCUCGAGUUUCUCUUGACGGAUUUGCGACCGACAGCCUCUUACCAUCGCCAUAUCAUGGCUCUCAAGACUCUGAUUCUUCUUCUGGAGUCGGGAUUGGAUGAUCGCUACACAGGUUCCGUAUCUGGCAAACCGGAGGGUCGCCAGGUGAGGUGGAAAUUCAACAUGGAUAUUUUUGGAUCCAGAUUGUUGAGGCUACUGGUGGAUCUUCUGCUGGACCCCUUUGAGGAAGUGCGAGGAACAGCUCUUAAUAUUCUGAAGCUGUUCCCAUUGCCAGUUCUCCUGGGUGGCGCGUCUCAUUCAGCUGUUGGAAAGCCUGAGCUUAUAGAUGCCAUUACCAAAGCAGAGCAGCUAGCCAGCAAUACCAGCAGAGCUGACCAUGCAGAUACGGUUGCCCGACUUUUUUAUCUCAUCUUCUGCACUGCUAGUCAAAGCAAGGUAAAUGAUGAUGGUAUCUUCCAUUGGUGGGAUACAAAGGCUGGAGUCGUUGAAAUGCUCCUUGGGAAACUGGAAGAGAAGCUGUCCCUUCCAGAAGGGCUUUUCCACUCAUCUCUGCGUGACGCCCCCCUUCAUGGGUACCUUUGUGCCCUCAGGUACAUCGUUUCGACCCCCAACUUCUACUCAGUCAUACCUAAUGACGGGCCUGUCGACGGUGAGAUCUGGAGAGCAAUUCAUUCAAGGAUCUCAUCUUGCUGUGAUAAGAUUUGGGACGAAGUAAAGCCCGUGCUAUGCAUCGACUCACCUGAAGGGCAUGCAGCUGAACCCAUUGAGGACCUCAAAGUAGGCCCUAAGGAUAUUCUUUCCUACUCCUGGCGGGCCCUUCGAGAGUCUAGUCUUCUUCUCAACGCCACUCUUUCCAACGAGACUUACGGCCCAGAAUUAGGGUUGAAUAGAGAAGACUAUGAGAAAAUUGGGAGGGCAAGCUUCACUCAAUUGGCCGAGCUCCGCCACCGAGGAGCAUUUUCGACCGUUGCUCAGACAUUCGCUUCUUGUUGCCAGCGAUGCGGACAAUCCAAAAAGAGGGAAAUCUCUGAGCUUCCUCUACUUUGGUAUCAGGAAGCGAAGAAAAUCAUUUUUGAAUCGGCCUCGAAACUCACCCGCCGCUCAGCAGGUCUGCCAGCUUUGAUAGCAGGAAUUCUUCUAUCCAAGCCCGGAGGACCGCUAUUCCACCAAGUAAUUCAAGAACUUCAGGAUAUUUCCCACCUGCCUGCGAAACACGACGAACAAAACCAAGUCCUGGAAUUGCCUCAGGUUCAUUCGAUGAAUUGCUUGAAAGAGAUCUUCACCAAUGCUAGACUCGGCCCUCACACUGAAGCCUUUAUCAUGCCCGCCCUGAAUCUAUCAGCCGAACGUAUGGGCUCCCCGAUAUGGGCUUUGCGCAACUCAGGCCUGAUGCUCUUUAGGGCUUUGCUAAACCGCAUGUGCCGCACAGACUUUGUGGGUUUCGGAGGCCAGUCAGGAUCAGAGCCUGGUGCUAGAAUCUCCUUCCAGAAGUAUCCCGGUCUUGUCCCAUUGCUGUCGGCUCUUCUUGAGCCUCCAAAACAGAUCAAGAUCGCCGAGCAAGGGGAUACGGCUAUGGUAACAGAGCGGGUGUUUCCGGCCCUCGAACUUAUUGCCGAAAAGAUGCCCAACUCCCCAGAUACUAACGAUGAUAUGUUGCGUGCGCUGGUUCGCGAGCACCUGAAAAGUCCAGUUUGGGGUAUCAGGGAGCAUGCAGCCCGCGUGUACGCUUCGUUACUGAAUCGUUCCGAUAUUAUUGAGAACAUUCAAUCACUGCUCAAGGCGCGCGAUGCCAAAACCCAAAAUUAUCUCCACGGGGAGGCCUUGUGUAUUAAGUAUUCCUUGCGCAGGUUUUCCUGUCUGCCUUUCGCUCUUUGGAAUGAACGUGUCGGAGAAGUGAAGUCGACCAUAGAAGCAGUUUUCUCAUCAUCGUUUCCAGCGGCUGUAUCUCCUUUCCUUGUAACAACCUUGUUGGAGAUACUGAGUGAUGCCGUGGAGAAGAGCAUCGAAAAUGGCGUUGAAGGCGAAAUGAUCCCACUUCUCGACAAAUUUUUCGAAACUUACGAUAUCAUUGACAACCUGGAUUAUGUCUUCGAUUCGUCUCAUCCGUCUUGGACCACCCUAAGCACAACUCGUGCGUUUUCUCUCCUUCGUAGAGAGCUGGCAUGGAUCACAGUUCUGAAAAAGUUGGUCAAGGGCGAAACGGAUGAUCUGGUUCCGUUUAUGCUCCGGAUUGCUACUCUUGAUCCCAAUACUUGUCAAUGGCUUCUGGAACAGACACAUGCUACGUUCGGGGUAAAGGAGCAUUACCGAGGACCUUUGCUUGAUCUCUACAAGUCUACCAUUCUUGAAGGUUCUCCUGUGGAAGUUAAGAUACCUGCCAUCUCAAAUCUGGCGGCUAACUUGCAGUUCUUGGUCGAUUUUAACAAGACCGAAGUGCCAUCUAUUGACUUGCCCUGGGAAGCCCUGGCCAAGGAAAUUAGCAUUAACUCGACCAGCAAGGGUUUUAACAGAGAUAGAGCCGAUGUGGAACUGCAACUUCAAGGGUGUCUGCUGGCCACAAAGUCAAUCAUCUUACACCAGGAACUCUCUGAGACGGAGAUCCUGCAAUGGGCCACACGGCUUCGAUUCGCGUUGCAGGAAGAUACGGAAUUCACGACGAGAUACGCUGCCGCAACAUCCAUUACGGCAUUCGCUCGAGUAUUACGUCCCCUGGGAAUGGCCCCUCGUGUGGAUGCAGCUUUCCUAGAAGUAUACUUGAUCCUGUACGAUUUGCUCAAUGACGACGACGAGGAGCUGCGUGAUAUCGCUGCUUCGACUGCGUCGUGGAUUCUCUCGUUUUCCUCUGUCUCUCCUCCUCAGAAGAACGUCACCCUCUCCCCACUAAACGCAAGCGAGCUGUUCGCAGCCUUUAUUGCCGAAAACUACCCAAGCUCCCAGCUCCUCGGUAGUAGAGCCAUCCGAUACAUCCUCGGGCAGGAGUCGCGAAUCGGGGACUCAACCUCCAACGCGCGGUUGCUCACCGUGUCAACUGUCAUCCAUGAACUUCGGCAGGACAGCACAAUUUUGUUCGAGGAAGAGAAGCAGAACCUAUUCGUUGAAGAGGUCCGCGAGAUUGACAUCUGGUCGGGAGUGUUGAGCCAGCUGGCGCAUUCUUCCUAUAACGAACCCCUCCUCAAGGAGACAUUCCAAUGGGUCUGCGAAGGCCUAUCCUGUUUCUCAGAGACGCUUGCUAGCGAGAACGGCGAGGAUGGACUGAUUGGGUGGACGUCAAAGCCUGAGACCUAUAUCCUGGGAGUCCGGGUGAUCAGCCUUGCGAGUGUGAUGGUUUCCAAGGACUUUGCUGGUUCGGGGCUUCUAGGCGAGGGAAAGGCCGCCCUGAAGGAUAGACUGCUUACAUUGCUCGGUCGUGGGAAGGAGGGUUUGCUCCAUGUUGAUUUGGUUUCGCGGAUUCAGCUUGGGUUGGAGAGUUCAUAAACUGGGGAACACGAGGCGAGGAUAGACAAAAGUUUUAGACACGUUAGAUAUGAAGUUAUGUUAUGUUGUUCAUUGCAUCGCAAUCAGCCUGGGUGAUGGGAUGGUGGCUUUCGUCUGCGCAAGUUUUCCAAGUCGCUGGCUGGAUUCUGGUAACACAUCUUCCAACCAAGAAGUGUCCAGCUGCGAGAUCGAAGUCACUUAUACCAUCCUGAUAAUAAAAUUGAGAUGCAUUUAAUUC